AUGAUGUCCCCCGAACAGGCUCAGAAGUUGGCUUUCCAUGUGGAAAAGCCAAUAGGGACAUCUGGUGUGUGGAGACUUUCUCAAAAGAUUCGUCGACGGUGUCACAACUUGGAUUGGCACGCCGAUAAAGCGUAUGGCUGGGCGCAAUCUGCCAUCGAAACGGAAAUGCAGCUAUGCGCAACUACCCAGCGCGAGUUAUUCUUGAAGGAAGAGAUCCAAAAAGUUCAGGUUAAAUCAAUGGCAGACGACCAAAAGCAGCUACACAAGUUGACCGACGAACUGGUCCGUCUGGACAAAGAAUAUUGGCGCCUUGAAAGAAAUAUUCUAGAGGCAGACCGGGAUUCGCCAAAGAUGCAUAUCUAUCUUCACGAGAAAAAGCCGGGUGGCAUCUGCGAAGUAAAUGGCUACGUCAGGAUUGUGCGAAACGAGGCGGUUGCUGUGGCAGACAAUGCAAAUGCUGCGAACGUCCCCCAGAUUCCGAUCGGAUGA